AUGGACAAUUCUCAGCGUGAUGCAUAUUUGCGAAUUGUCCAGUCGAUUCCUGAAGAUCGUGAUGAAGAGUUUUUAAAUUCUCUUAGUAUUGAUGAUAAGACUAUGGCAGCGAAUGGUGUGCUUAAGACUUUGUCUGGUAUGAUCGUAAACUUGGAAAUUUCCCCGGAAACUUUCGCUCAGAUGGAAGUAACCUUACUUCCAGUAAUUACGUAUACUCUACAGAAUAAUAUUGUCGGUAAAUGUGGUUGA